AAUUUCAAUCUAUCACCACCGGUCCAAUUCAGGUUCACGCUCCCGUUCACUUAGCGCGGGGUAUGGCAGGAGUCCGGAGGCGCGGGGUCGGCCAUGGUAAAUUGACACCGCCAUGGGCUAUAUGACCAACGGCUUUCCAUUACAGAGUGAUGCUCCACUGUUGGUUUUUAAUCAUUGUCCGAUAUCGGGACUUGGGGCUUCAAGGCAUCUAUGCCAUAGCAUCAAUCUGGGGCUGCUCCACCUCGCCCUCGUCUUGCCCUCAAAGGGUGUUACCGGGAACCAGAUGCAAGUGAAUGACCGCUGGUUAAGAUAUAAUCCAAGAAUACCAUAUAAAAUGCUUCAAUAUCCUGGAGCAUUUAUACAUAUGAUAGCGUGGUCGACUGUUGUCCCAAACCAACCCCUCCCAAGCCCGUCGACUUUGCCAAUUUCUAUUGAUCAAUGCCCUCCGAAACAAAGUCUGCGCUCUUUCAGCCAAUCCGAGUCGGAGAAGUCGUCGUUCAGCAUCGUGUCGUCCUAGCGCCUCUCACUCGCGUCCGUGGGUACAACGAUCACGUUCCUGGCCCCCUUGCCGCUUUAUACUAUGCACAGCGUGCUAGUGAGCCCGGAACUCUGCUUAUCACCGAGGCAACGUUUAUUAGUGGACCAGCGUCCGGAUAUCCCAACAUCCCUGGCAUCUAUACCGAUGCACAGAUUGAAGGUUGGAAGGAGGUCACCAAUGCUGUCCACGCCAAGCGCUCGUUCAUCUACCUUCAAAUUUGGGCUCUCGGUCGCGCAGCUAUGCCACAGAUUCUUGCAAUGGAAGGACACGAGCUCGUUGGCGCUGCCAAUAUACCGCUGAAAGAGAACGCUCAACAGGGGCAUGCGGAUCCUCGCCCGGUGACCAUCCCUGAGAUCAAGGCGUACGUGCAAAUGUUCGCCACUGCCGCCAAGAAUGCUAUCAAGGCCGGGUUUGAUGGCGUCGAGGUUCACAGCGCAAACGGGUACCUUAUCGACCAGUUUCUUCAAGACGUUAGUAAUACCCGAGAGGACGCGUACGGAGGAAGCAUUGAAAACCGUGCGAGGUUUGGCCUUGAGAUCCUCGACGCGGUUAUAGAAACUAUUGGCGCAUCAAAGACGGGCGUUCGAAUAAGCCCAUGGAGCGAAUUUCGAGACAUGAGAAUGACGGAUCCCGUUCCAACAUUCUCCUAUUAUGUUACGGAGAUUCGGAAACGUAACAUUGCUUACUUGUCUGUCAUUGAACCUGGAGUCGGUGGUGAUGAAGUUGUUGAAUCGACUAAUGGUUCAAACGAUUUCAUUCGGAAGAUAUGGGGUGAGAGCCCCUACAUCACUUCCGGAGGGUACACGAGGGAGCGUGCCCUGAAGACGGCUGAAGAGAGCAAUGUGCUGAUAGCGUUUGGGAGAUCAUAUCUUGCAAAUCCCGACCUCCCACGUCGUCUGCGAGAGAACCUCCCAAUGACCCAAGCAACGAGAUCUAAGUAUUACCUAGUAGGAAAUCACACCCCUGACGGGUACACAGAUUGGGAUUUUGCAGACUCUUUAGUUGAAGCGGUAUAG